AUGUCUAUUUCUCUAUGUACAGGUUAUAAUUAUACCAUUCGAGAAAUUGAUGAUUAUACAACUGUUCAUGGUAAUAAACGAUUAAGUUACAUUUAUUUUUAUGAUACAAAUAAGACACCAUUGUUAUGUAGCUACAUUUAUACAUUGAACUCAAAGAUAAAAUGUAACGAAAACUAUAAUCCUCAAGUGACGUGUUACUACAAUGCGCAUAAUUCAACAUCGACAACAGAUAUUCAAGAUUUGAUUAAUGAAUUUUUGAAUGUUGUCAAAACCGACAUGCCUGAUAAAAAAACCAGCAGUUUGAGUUCCAAUCUUAGGUCAUUGGAAUUUAACAAAAAUGCAGGAAAUCAAAAUUUAUUGCCGUAUACGUUAUGGGCUAUAGGAGUAACGAUGGGCAUCGCCAUAUGUCUCCUCAUUUUCGUUGCAGUUGUUUUAAUUUGUGGACGUGAAGACAAAAGUACCAGAGAAGAUAGCCUGUCUGGUACACAUUCAGUUCAUAUCACAAACUCAUCGUCGGAUCCAUUUAACAGUUCACUUUCACCAAGAAAUACUCAGGAUCUGAGAACCCAUUCAAAACGUCAAAGUUUUGGUUAUUCCCAAAUACCGUCGACUCCCACUCAGACGAGUGAAUUCGGUGGAUUGAAUUCACCAAGAACAAAGAAAAAUUUAGUUUUGUACAAAACAUUUCAUGGACCAAAAAUUGUUCAACCGCUAUUAUCGUCAAUGCCAUUCGCAGAGAGAAGAGGAUCAGCACGCCAACGAAUGAUGAUUGCACAACAAUUUGGACUUUAG